AUUAUUUUGUUCUUUCCCAUAUCAACAGUUUGAGAAUGGGUGUAUAAAAGGUUUGAAUUGGGAGAUUGGUUCUGAAAUAGAUGUAGAUGCCCCACUCAGACAGUAUGUCCUGUUCUCUAUCAAAGGUGACAAGAAAUCUCCUGAGUGUGUCUGUCUACCAGACAUUGCUCCUCAUUCUUGUUCACUUGUUUUGGACAAGAGGAGAGGGCAUAUAAAGCAACACUGCUCAGAGCCUGAUAACCAUAUACAGGCCCUUGUAGAAUACAUUAUUAGUGGCAAGCAUACGGAAUCAGGAUGGGUGAAUAGAUUGAAGAUGGUGUUUUUGAAUGAAGUACUAGCUUCGGGGGCUCUGCACCAGCCAAUCCACGUCCCAGGACCUCAAAACGUACCAGAAGAGCUCCUCAUGAAGGAUGGAACACUCCCACCACAGUUAAUCACACCAGGACUUUUUAAGGGUUCCUAUGGAAGCCAUGGCACUGAGCUCAUUUUGUUCAAGUACAAAGAUGAGAAUGAGCUUCAUGGAAUAAAGGUAACUGGAGAUCCAAAUGUGUAUGCAGGGAAGAUUACAGUUAAAGUGUCACUUAGGUUUCCUGUUAAACCUCUCUCUAAAGAAGAGCAAAGGUCCUAUGAAAUUUUGAAAAACAUCGAGCCUGAACAGAGUGCAGAACCAAUCUACAGCAUCAGACCACAAGCCUUCAUUCCCCCAGAUGGUUUUGAUCUUCGUGACACAUCUCCUCCAGGAAGUUGUAAGGCAAGAUAUCAUGGUUUUGGUCAAAUAGCAUUUGAAGGAUUUCAACACCCCAACUUCAUUGGAGCACAUAUCAUGGUGUUCAACAAUGACCUGCUUGGAGUUGCCUGGAUUACUCUGGAAUCAUUCAGCCUGUUUCGACGUGUUGAGAAUACUUUUACCCAAAAUAUCCUGCCUGAUCUUGAGAGCGCUUUAUAAGAUGGAAGAAAGAUACAUUUGUUGAACCCCACUUUCACCCCAUGCUGGAUAUGUGAGCAUGUGUGAUUUUUUUUUUUUCUUUUCUUUUCUUUUUUCUUCAAUCUGCCCUAGUUGUUCUUUAGAUAUUUGUUGGCUUCUUCAUCUCAUGCCUUUGAUGUACAAUAAUUAUGGUUUACUUUUAAAUAGCAAAGAAACUUAAAUCAGUGGUAAGAGUAAUGUGUUUGUAUUAAUGACAUAUUAUCUCCCAGUUAAAGAUAGUUAUGAAAUCUUUUUAUUUGAUUAUAUAUUUCAUCUAACUGUUAAAUACUUUUUGGAAUUUUGUAAGGAAAAAAUUCAGUUUGUUUAUGAUUGGUUACAAAAAAAAUAGUAGACUUAUUUGAAUGUUUGGAAUUUUUCUUUAUUCAGGGUUCAUGUAUGUUAUUUGAAUGGUUGUAGUUUUUUUCUUUAUUCAGGGUUUGCUUAUAUGUUAUUUGAAUUGUUGUUUUUUUUUAUUCAGGGUUCACUUAUAAUAUGUGCAUCUCAAGCAGACUCAAGAAUGUUGUGAUAUGGCCUUAAUUCAUACUCAAUAAAACCUUAACACAAGUACCUAUUAUAAGUGUGUUUAUUAUUUCUUGUGUGUAGCUCUUGGAAAACCAAAUAUAGACUGUAAGAUUAUUUACAAAGACUCUAGAUUUCUGCAAUAAGACAUAAUUGGAAGAACUGGCUGAUGUUGGAGAGCAAAAGGGAAGCAAGAGGUUUUAAAAGGGGAGGGGGAUAGACAUGAAAUUUUCAUUUACUUCAGGGAAUGAUGAUGCAUAGAAUUUGAAGCCAUAUUUGGUUAACUGUUUUUGUUAACCAGUUGGAAUUAUCCCCAGGGAGUAGCUGGGGGGGGGGGGGACAAGUGUCACUUUGAAGGAGGCAGUUCUCCAUUCCAGUUGCUGAUCCACCACUGCAUCAACUCCAUAUUUUUUCUUUACUUUCUUCUUUCUCCUUUUUUUAUAAAAUAAUGUAAAAUUCAUUUGGAUUUUUUUUUUUUCUAGAUAACAAUAAUAUUCUGUGAUUCCUUUUAACAACAUGCAGAAUGUUUUUUCAAUAUUUUUUAUAGGUCAAAAGGUACCCUCUCUUUCUUAGUUUGGUCAGUAGGAUUAGGUGUAGGGGAUACUUGAAGCAUGUUCAGGAAUUCUUCAGGAGUACAGAAUCCAGCACUUGUGAUCUUUGAACUAUUAGUAGUAACUCGAGCACAAAAUUUGCAGAGUAAAACAAAGUAGAAGCAAUGGUGAUAUGCAUCACUUAAAAUUGUCCACACAAAAAUAUUGCAGCACAUGCAUUUAAAAGCUAAACAUAUUUCAUUCAUGUUGUUAUUUUUUCACAUAUGAUAGCAUUACAGUGAAUAACUUAAAAAAUAACUGAAUGCGAUUCAUAUGUGAAUGACAGAAUGUUAUUAAUCUGUUUGUGGAGAUGAAAAGAUUGUGUUGCCCUUUUUUGUGGAAGCGUGUGUAUACAUGUGUGCAUAAUAUUGUUUGCACAUUAUAAUUUUUCAUAAAUAUCUUUUUUUAUUUGCCCUCUCUUAAUUGUAAAGCUUUAACCCAGUGCAACCUGAAACACAUAAUAGUCAUUGGAGUUGUUUUGUAAAAUGUGUUCACAAAGAGAUGCUUCAACAAGUGCUCAGCUAACAAGGAGCCGUGAUCUUACCUAAUUUCACCUGUCCUCAAGUUUUCAGGAUUUAUUUUUAUUAUUAUUAUUAAUUUUGUUGCUGUUAUUAUCAUUAAUGACAUUCUGAUUAUUAUAUUAUUAAAAAUAAUGGCAAUAGGUCAUUAGAAUUCACAUUGAUUAACAGACACAAAUAAUUCUUAUGUCAAGAGCCUGCCUCAUGAUCAGAAAAUGUAAAGAAUAUAUACACAAAUAUAUUGAUUACAAUCUCAUGAGAGUAGUAUUUACUACCAGAAAAGUCAUGUGUUCACCAAAUAUUUGCAAAUUAAAAUAGUGCAUUGGAAAGCUAUAGGGUAAUGUAUUAAAUUUUAUAUUGCUGCUAUUGUGAAACAUGUUUUCUGUUGUAUUAUAGUGUACUUAAACAAAAUAUAUUAGGUAACUGCAAAUUCAGCAUUGGUAGCAUGUUUGGCACAUUAGCAGUGUUGCAAGAUCACUUUAUCACACCCAUGAUGCACAAACAUAGAAACACACAAUUAUCAUUACAACUGUAACCCCAGCAAAUGAAAUGCCCCCAGUUACCUGCUUUAAAAAUGCCAACACAUGGGUGAUUUACCCAUUAAAGGUGCACACUUACAAACAGAAAUACAUUGUGCUAAUGAAAAAGUUUAAGAUAAUUGUCACUAACUAAUGUAAGAAAGCACCAGAUUAUUUGUUAACAUAUGUCAAAUACAAAUAUAACUAUAGGGACUAAAAAUACAAUACAUCUAUUAGAUAUUAAUCAAGCAAUACCAGAAUUAUGGUAAAAAAAUUAGGAAUAAUUUAUAGGCAUUGUUCAAAAACUCCCAUAUACCUAACCAUAUAAACUGGUAUUUUAUGCUAUUUUUUAAGUACUCUUGAUACUGGUAAUCCUAUUUUGGAGAAAUGUUCUUUCUCUAAGAAAUUCCAUCUAUUGGGCCCAUGUUUGUAUUUUUUAUCUAUGUUUGUUUAGCUCUGUUAUCAGUAUUAUUUAUCAUUAUUUUUUCAUGUAAUAAUCAAUUGAUAGUGAUUUGCAGACAUCAGGAUAAAGCAAGUUACAAGUGGAAAAAGAGGUAACUAGAAAUGUCAACCAAUAUUUAUAUCUAAACAUACAGAUAUGUUAUCCUUCACAGAAUAUUUUACCAGUGUGGAGAAUAAAGAUUAUGAAAUUUG